AGUGCGAAGGCCUUGCGCAGUUCGGAAGCUCGCAACACCUGACGUUUGACGGUAUAUAACUGAAUGGUAGGGGGCACCAUCGAUACUGCUACCUCAAGGGCGGUAAUAGUACGACUUGAGAUAUCGUAGCAAUAGAUGCACUGCUACGCUUUACACCCUUAAACACCCGGCACGUUGUCCCGUGCUGUGGAGUUAGCGCCAUUAAAACAAUAGAUCGGUUUGUGCUGCUGUGUCAAGUAACCUCCUGCCAAGGAAAACACACCUACGGACGUGCCGAUGGACAGCGGCGACAAAGAAGAUGCGAAAAUCGUCAAAACCAUCUUGCACGCCGGAACGCGGGUUGUGCCUUGUCGUGACGGUACCAAGGUGAGGUUCCACUAUCAGACGCGGAAAUGCGACCCGGAGGGUACUCUGAUCGACGACAGCCGUGCCCGCCAGAAGCCGAUGGAGCUAGUGCUGGGCAAGAAGUUUAAGCUCGAGGUGUGGGAGUCGAUAGUGCAGCAGAUGGCACUGAACGAGGUGGCCAGGUUUCGCUGCGACCGGUCCCUAGUGCAGCAGUAUCCGUUCGUGGCGAAGACCAUACGCGAUUCGGAGAAGGCACGCGAAGAGCGAAAACACUGCUGCGGUAUGACGGUGCAGAACGAGGGGCUCGGCUACAAAGACUUGGAUGAGCUGUUUACUAACCCGCAGGAUCUCGAGUUCACCAUCGAGAUACUGUCGGUUGAGAGCGCGGGCGAAUACGAGCAGGAGUCGUGGCAGCUGAGUGACGCCGAAAAGCUGCAGCUUGUUGGGAAACUACGCGAACAAGGCAACCAAGCCUACAGCGAGCAGCGUUACACGGCCGCCCUCGACACAUACUCCCGCGCAACCGGCAUCAUCGAGCAGUUGAUGUUGAAGGAAAAGCCCAACGAACCGGAAUGGUGCGAGCUGGCACAGCUGAAGGUUCCGUUGCUGUUGAACUACUCACAGUGCAAGCUACUGGAAAAGGACUACUACGCAGUCAUAGAGCACUGUACCGAGGUGCUGAAGUACGACACGGCGUGCGUGAAGGCGCUAUUCCGACGCGGCAGGGCACACGCCGGGGCCUGGAAUCUGGACCGAGCCCGAGCCGACUUUGAGCGAUGCGCCCAGCUUGACGCUGGCUUGCGGAACGCAAUCACCAGCGAGUUGUCCAAGUUGCAGGAACAGGCCCGACUGCGAGACGUCGACGAUAGGCUAAAGUACCAGAAGCUUUUUCCACCGCUAACUCCAGCUCAAUGAUUUUAAACCAUUGCCUAAAUUUCGUUCAUGCCCUUCCCUGUUGCCAAGUUCCUUCCGUUUGUUUGUACCGUUAUGGUAGCACCGCUGACCUUUGUUACGUUUCUCGUUUAUAAACCCUUUUUAUUGUAAAUUAUUAUUUCAAAAAUACGCAUGCUGUACGCAAUAUGUAUUACGGCAUUGCUGCAACGCUUGGUACCUCACAACAAUAGGUGUAGAAUAGGUCUAACAACUUUGUAUAUUUACGUUUUUAAAUGUUUAAACUUCUUGCAUAUUUAUUACUAAUUGUGAAACGGUUUGCGUAAAAAAUGUAAAACAGUCUUUUAGUGAAAACAGUAAA